AUGAACCAAUCAAAAGACGUGAAUGUGAUAAUGUGGGUGACAAUGUUGGUAAUGAUAAUGGUGCACGGAGCAAUCGCACGGCGAGUAUAUGUGGGAGGAAAUCAAGGAUGGAAUAAAGACAUCAAUUACACUCUUUGGGCCUCUCAAGAGAAUUUUUACAUUGGAGAUUGGCUAUAUUUCAGAUUUGACAAGAACUAUUUUGAUGUACUAGAAGUGAACCAAACAAACUACGAGAACUGCAACCCUAAUAAUUUCAUAGCAAAUAUAACCAAAGGUGGUAGAGAUGUUUACGAGCUCAAAGAAGCUAGAUCAUAUUACUUCAUUUGCAGCAAAGGUUAUUGUUAUGGUGGCAUGAAACUCGCUAUAAACGUCAAGAACUCGUCUCCUCUUCCUGCUCCUCCUCCUCAAGGAAACAAUGCCAUUGCUUCAUUAUAUUCAGGGAGCAUGAUCAAUAUCAUGCCUAUUUUUAUUCUUGCAAUGUCAUUUUUGUUCUUUUUUUUGCUUAAAGUUUGCUAUUAA